ACAUCUGUGAAGAAAAAGAUUUAAAGACGUAUGUGAAGUUGAGAGAGCAUUUAACUUAUUGUCAUGGUUUAGAAAUAGAGUAUGAAGAAAAACAUUUUGGUGACAUCUCAGAAUUUGAAAAAUGGAAACAGGACUUGGAACAACAUACAUCGUCAAUGUAUACCCUUGACAGAGCUACAUCACAAUUGAGAGAUGGAAAUCUAAGGAAUUAUUAUUACUGUCACAGAUCAUAUAAUUAUCGCAGCCAGGGAAAUGAUAUUAGACAUGUAAAAUCUAUGGGCAGUAAUAAAAUCGGUAAAGCUUGUCCAGCAAUGCUAAAGGUAACUAUUUCUAACUCAGAUAAAACUGUAUUUACACAGUUUUGGAAGACUCAUUGCGGGCAUGUUGAAGAAAUUGGACGAAUUCGACUGGAUCAUAUGACCAGAACAUUAAUUGCAGGUAAGCUAGAGGAAGGUGUUACAUUGACUCAUAUUUUAGACUCCAUUCGAGAAUCAGAAAUGUCUUCAGACGCUUUAAAACGUUCGUGUCUUUUGGAGCGUCAAGAUUUAUAUAAUAUCACACGAGAUUUUAACAUUAAUUAUGCAACAAAACGUGAUACAAAUGAUGCGGUUAGUGUAGAACUAUGGGUCACAGAAAUGCUAAGUUACGGAGAAGAUUGUCCAGUUUUAUACUACAAAAAUCAAGGUGCUAACGAUUCUAUAUUGGACAGUGAAGAUUUUGACGAAUUUGGAUCAGGAUGUCCUGUAGCAUUUUGUUUUUCAAAUCGAUCUGAUGAGCGAAUUUUUCAAUUAUUUUUCGAUGUAGUGAAAUCCAAAGUAGGCCAGAUUCAAUCAAUUGUUUUUAUGUCUGAUGAUGCACCUGCAUUUUAUAAUGCUUGGGUUAAUGUAAUGGGUCCUGCUACACAUAAGCUUUUAUGUACUUGGCAUAUUGAUAGAAACUGGCGACAAAAUCUGAAUAAAAUCACUGGAGGGCAUGAAAAAAAAGCACUUGAUUUAUUGGAUGAUCCUAAUACCAACACAUUUGGUUUGUAUUUUGAACGACAUUAUGCAAGUAGACCAGAAUGUUGGGCAUAUUGUUAG